GACGCGUCAGUAACUACAGAGAAGUUACUGCAAGAACGAUCAUCUUUCAUCCACCAUGGCAAGAAGAUAUGACAGUCGUACAACGAUAUUCUCGCCAGAAGGUCGACUCUACCAAAUCGAAUAUGCCAUGGAGGCCAUAUCUCAUGCCGGUACUGUGCUCGGCGUUCUCGCAAAGGAUGGUGUCGUCCUCGCAGCGGAGAAGAAGGUGACAGGAAAGCUCCUAGAUCUAUCAGGAGAGGGUGGUUAUGGAGGUAGCGGAGAGAAGAUCUUCUUGCUGAAUUCCAAUGUGAUCGGCGGCGUUGCUGGCCUGACAUCUGAUGCUAAUUCGCUGGUAAAUUAUGCACGUACAGCAGCUCAACAACAUCUAUUGUCAUACAAUGAAGACAUACCCGUGGAACUGCUUGCGCAGCGACUAUGUGAUAUGAAGCAAGGGUACACGCAAUAUGGAGGUCUCCGACCUUUCGGUGUCUCACUUCUCUACGCAGGUUACGACCCACACUACCAAUUUCAACUGUACCAUUCCGAUCCAUCAGGCAAUUAUUCAGGUUGGAAAGCGACAUGUAUUGGUGCGAACAACGGAACUGCGCAGUCACUCUUGAAACAAGAGUACAAAGAUGAUAUCUUGGUGAAAGAUGCGAUCGCGCUAGUACUGAAGGUAAUGAGCAAAACCAUGGACAGUACGACGUUGGGAAGUGAGAAAUUGGAGUUCGCCGUGCUGACACUCGAUGAAAGCACGAAACAACCGAAGGCCAAAAUAUACAAACCCUCUGAGAUCGACGCGUUGCUUCGGGCAGAAGGUCUGGCAAAGACUGAUGGGGAUACAGAGAUGAAGAGCGCUUAAUACAUAUGCACUGUAUUUGUAUAAAAUGUCAUUCUAGCCCUUUCUUACACCAUCCUUGUUGACUGUACUAGAAAGAUAAGAUAGAAGAGGUUUACAUUGUCAAC